CGGCGACGCGCCGGGCCCGGUCCUCUGCGCUCGCCAGUGUCCCGCGGCGGCGGGCCGGCCUUCGUGACGAGCGGGGCGGCGGGCCCGGGGCACGGGCGAGGACGCAGCCUCGGGGCUGCGUGGGUCGGCCCGCAGCCGGCCGCCGCCCGAAGGCCGCCGCGUAGCCCCGGAGCCGCGCCCGCCGGCCAAGCCACAGGUGGUGCUCAGAAAGCUGCAGGUUUGUGGAAACCUGUGUUCUGCACCUGCUGACUGCGGUCUACAUCUUUCAUGUUUCAAGAUGAUGUGCGAGGUGAUGCCGACCAUUAGUGAAGCGGAAGGCCCUCCAGGAGGAGGUGGGAGCCAUGGGUCAGGCUCCCCCUCACAGCCAGAUGCUGAUUCGCAUUUUGAGCAGCUCAUGGUCUCCAUGCUGGAAGAACGAGACCGCCUUCUGGACACACUGAGAGAGACGCAAGAAACAUUGGCGUUAACCCAGGGGAAAUUGCAUGAGGUUGGCCACGAAAGAGAUUCCUUGCAGAGGCAGCUCAACACUGCGCUUCCACAGGAGUUUGCUGCACUCACGAAGGAACUCAACGUGUGUAGGGAGCAGCUUCUGGAGAGGGAGGAGGAAAUCGCCGAGCUGAAGGCAGAGAGGAACAACACUAGGCUGCUGUUGGAGCACCUAGAGUGCCUUGUCUCCAGGCACGAGCGCUCUCUGCGGAUGACAGUGGUGAAGAGGCAAGCACAGUCGCCUGCAGGUGUGUCUAGCGAGGUGGAGGUGCUGAAAGCACUGAAGUCACUGUUUGAGCACCACAAAGCCUUGGAUGAAAAGGUACGAGAACGACUAAGAGUAGCCCUGGAGAGGUGCAGCUUGUUAGAAGAGGAGCUGGGUGCCACUCACAAAGAGCUAAUGAUUCUCAAAGAACAGAAUAAUCAGAAGAAAACACUAACAGAUGGAAUACUUGAUGGAAACCACGAGCAGGAAAGUGCACCAAGCACCAAUGGCAAGAGAUCUUCUGAUGGCUCCUUGAGCCACGAGGAUCUUGCCAAAGUGCUGGAGCUGCAGGAGGUCAUAGAUCGGCAAGCAAGAGAGCAGAGCCAGAUGAAGGAGCGUCUGGCCUCCCUGUCCAGUCAUGCAGCAGAGCUGGAGGAGGAUCUGGACACAGCUAGAAAAGACCUCAUCAAGUCUGAAGAGAUGAAUACGAAACUGCAGCGAGACGUCCGUGAAGCGAUGGCCCAGAAGGAGGAUAUGGAGGAAAGAAUCACCACCCUUGAGAAACGCUACCUCGCCGCACAGCGUGAAGCCACGUCUGUGCAUGACCUCAAUGACAAACUUGAAAAUGAAAUUGCAAAUAAAGACUCCAUGCAUCGACAGACAGAGGACAAGAACCGCCAGUUGCAAGAACGUCUGGAGUUGGCAGAGCAGAAGCUGCAGCAGACCCUGCGCAAAGCUGAGACGUUGCCAGAGGUGGAGGCCGAGCUGGCCCAGAGGGUGGCUGCACUCUCCAAGUCUGGUCCUUUGUCUUCUGGGAGUUCUGCUGCUAAGGAAGCUAAACUGUUGGAGCUUACUUCCAAGCUUAGGAAGGCCGAGGAGAGACAUGGCAACAUUGAAGAGCGGCUUCGGCAGAUGGAGGCACAGCUGGAGGAGAAGAAUCAGGAACUGCAGCGGGCAAGGCAGAGAGAAAAGAUGAAUGAGGAACAUAAUAAGCGCCUUUCUGACACUGUGGACAAGCUCCUCUCAGAGUCCAACGAGAGGCUGCAGCUGCAUCUGAAGGAGAGAAUGGCGGCUCUGGAGGACAAGAAUUCUCUACUACGGGAAGUUGAAAAUGCAAAGAAACAACUGGAAGAGGCACAGCAUGAUAAGGACCAACUUGUCCUGAAUAUUGAAGCCCUGAGGGCCGAGCUGGACCAGAUGAGACUGAGAGGCUCUUCACUUCAUCACGGCCGACCCCAUUUGGGCAGCGUCCCGGACUUCAGGUUCCCUGUGGCCGACGGGCAUGUGGAUGCUUACAGCACCAGUGCAGUGUUGCGGCGCCCCCAGAAGGGCCGGCUGGCGGCGCUGCGGGACGAGCCCUCCAAGGUGCAGACCCUCAAUGAACAGGAUUGGGAACGGGCCCAACAAGCAAGUGUUUUGGCAAAUGUGGCACAGGCAUUUGAGAGUGAUGUGGAUGUGUCUGAUGGUGAAGAUGACAGAGAUACUCUUCUCAGCUCAGUUGAUCUGCUUUCGCCCAGUGGGCAGGCGGAUGCACAGACACUGGCCAUGAUGCUUCAGGAGCAGCUGGACGCCAUCAACAAAGAGAUCAGGUUGAUACAAGAAGAGAAGGAGAAUACAGAGCAGCGGGCAGAGGAGAUCGAGAGCAGAGUGGGCAGUGGAAGCUUGGACAAUCUUGGUCGUUUUAGAUCAAUGAGCUCCAUCCCCCCCUACCCUGCUUCCUCGCUUGCAGGCUCCUCUCCUCCAGGCAGUGGCCGGUCCACACCAAGAAGGGUUCCUCACAGUCCUGCCCGAGAGGUGGACAGGCUAGGUGUCAUGACUCUGCCUAGUGACUUAAGGAAGCACCGGAGACAGUUGCCAGCUUCCAGAGAAGAGGUACGAGACGACAAGACGACGAUAAAAUGUGAAACCUCUCCCCCCUCCUCCCCGAGGCCCCUGCACUUAGACAGGCUGCACAAGGGCGCGCUGCACACGGUCAGCCAUGAGGACAUCAGGGACCUGAGGAACUCCACAGGUUCCCAGGAUGGUCCUGUGAGCAACCCUAGCAGCAGUAAUAGUAGCCAAGACUCCCUCCACAAAGCCCCAAAGAAGAAGGGCAUCAAGUCCUCCAUCGGUCGCUUGUUUGGGAAGAAGGAAAAGGGUCGGCCUGGGCCUCUGGGCAAGGAGUCACCAGGGCAAGCUGGUGGUACAGAGACAGAAAAUUCAUCUCAAGAUGCCUUGGGACUCAGCAAACUGGGAGGACAAGCUGAGAAAAACCGUAAACUUCAGAAAAAGCAUGAGCUGCUGGAGGAGGCUCGCAGGCAAGGCUUGCCUUUCGCGCAGUGGGACGGGCCCACGGUGGUGGUGUGGCUGGAGCUCUGGGUUGGGAUGCCUGCCUGGUAUGUGGCUGCUUGCCGAGCAAAUGUCAAGAGUGGUGCUAUCAUGUCAGCGCUGUCAGACACGGAGAUCCAGCGGGAGAUUGGCAUCAGCAACCCCCUGCACAGGCUGAAACUUCGACUGGCCAUCCAGGAGAUAAUGUCACUGACUAGCCCUUCUGCCCCACCCACAUCCAGGACGACCACAGGAAAUGUCUGGUUGACACAUGAAGAGAUGGAAACCCUCACAGCCACACCGCAAACGGAAGACGAGGAGGGAAGCUGGGCUCAGCAGACACUAGCAUAUGGGGACAUGAACCACGAGUGGAUCGGCAACGAGUGGCUGCCCAGCCUGGGCCUGCCGCAGUACCGCAGCUACUUCAUGGAGUGCCUUGUAGAUGCCCGGAUGCUGGACCACCUGACCAAGAAAGACCUGCGAGGGCAGCUGAAGAUGGUCGACAGCUUCCACAGAAACAGUUUCCAGUGUGGAAUUAUGUGCCUGAGAAGGUUGAAUUAUGACCGAAAAGAACUGGAAAGAAAAAGAGAAGAGAGUCAGAAUGAGAUAAGAGAUGUGCUUGUUUGGAGCAAUGACCGGGUGAUUCGCUGGAUCCUGUCGAUCGGCCUUAAAGAGUAUGCCAACAAUCUAAUAGAGAGUGGCGUUCAUGGUGCACUUCUGGCCUUGGAUGAGACUUUCGAUUUCAGCGCACUGGCACUAUUGUUACAGAUUCCAACACAGAAUACACAGGCUCGAGCUGUCUUGGAAAGAGAGUUCAACAACCUUUUGGCCACGGGGACUGAUCGGAGGUUUGAUGAGGACGAUGACAAAAGCUUCAGGAGAGCACCCUCAUGGAGGAAGAAGUUCAGACCAAAGGACAUCCGUGGCCUAGCCUCUGGCUCUGCAGAGACAUUGCCUGCCAACUUCCGGGUCACCUCCUCUAUGUCAUCUCCUUCAAUGCAGCCAAAGAAGGUUCAGAUGGACGGUAGUGUGUCCGGAGCACAGAGGCUGGACUCUGCCACAGUCAGGACUUACUCCUGCUAAAGCCUCCUGCUGUUUACCCACACUACUUCUACAGAUGACGCUGCCGUGGCAGAGAUGGUGCAGAACUCUGGCAACACUCGCUUUUUGGACCCAAGAUAUUUUAUUACAGAGUUUUUAAACUAGUGAAAAAAAUCACAAAUACCAUAGAGAAAAUAUUUUAGAAUUGACUGUUUCUUAUAUUUAUGUAAACUUACACUUCCUCAUUUAUAUACUUACUCUUUCAUGUAUAUCCAGGCUAUAAAUAUCCUUUUGAGUCAAUUCAUGUUCUUAUACCUAAUUUUAGUCAACUGAAUGUACGUAAUGCUUGUGUGUAAAUCUGAGCAAAUAUAGGGCUUUUGUAAAUUAUGCAUUUACUGUAAUUAUUCCUGUUUAAUUUUUUAAUGAUGAACCCGACAGAGGAAAGGAUUUUGCUACGUUUAUAAAGUCAUCAUGAUACAAGCCAUGUGCGUUCUCUACCCAGCUCUCCAACAAUCAUUCUGAAAGAAGCAGACUUUACUUCCAGACGUUUUCUGUUCUAUUUUAAUGACUGACCUUAACUGUACUUUUUCUAGACAAAAUCUCAGCUUCCAUUAGGCUUGGGACUGGUGGUCAGGACUAUGUGAAUAGCCUUUACCCCUGGCCACGUCCCUGGCCCUGCUCUGGACAUGGGUGGAUUGUCUUCGGAGGCUGAGCAGGGCAUUGAGCUGGGAGCAGCACAGCACUCUACAGGGGCAGGGUGGCCCAUCACCUGCAGACUGAAAAGCUGAUGGAGCCUUGCAGCCACCUCUCUCUACUCUUCAAGGACCAAUCAUGGGGCAAGUGCUCAUUUCCUGGCUGGGGCAGAACAGGUGAAAGCAAGAGACCUCAGCGGAGUGGGCAGCCUGCAACUCCAAUAAAGGCCUUAUUUGUGUAAACUGUCUUUUUACAUUUAUUUGUAAAUGUGUUAAGAAAGGACCUAGCUGUAUACUCAUAGCUGUUUUGGCAGCAUCCUGACUGACUGUGGCGAGUUAAGAAGCCACAGGGCUCAGGCAGUCAUGUGCAUAUUUAUUGUGUAGCUGAUAUGGGAGAGGCUUUUAUAUUUGCUUUCUGCUUUUAAUUCAUCUGGACAGUUAUUUGUUUUGUUUUUCUGUUAAUUGUUUGUGACCUUCCUGGUUAUAUAACAAAGUCUGUGCAGUCAACUUCUGAACUGUUUUUAUCACAGUGUUAUUUAUUGCUUUUUUUUUUCAAUAAAGUCCCCAGCAUUUUCCACUGCCAGUUAAGAA